AAGUUACUCUGGGGAACAUGGCUUCUGCUGGGCUACUCUAGAGUCCUUAAGGGACACUUUAUUGUCAAAGACGUCAGAGAAACCGGGCGUACUAGAGCAGACUUAUCGUCCUACCACUUAGGGAGCCUAAGCAGCCUGCGGCAAGUUCCCAGUCCGGCUACAUAGCGAGACCCUGUUUCAAAAAAUAGAUAAAUUUAAAAAGAGCGCCUUGGCGAGGUGACUCAGCGGAUAAAGACACUUGCAGCCAACCUAAGCUCGACCCCUGGAACCCACGUGGUGUAAGGUGAAUCCACUCGGGCACACGCGCGCUCCAUGGCGUGCUCCACCCCAUGAUGAAAUGAGAUUUAAAAAAAUAAUUAGUUUCGCGGGAAGAAAAAGAGAGCUGAGUGCUCAGCUCUAAAUGGGACAACUGGAGGCUGGAGAAAUGACUCGUAGGACCCAGCCAUGAGUCCCAUGAGGCCGGCUGCCCUGGUGCGAUCCAGUUUGAGGAACUGUCCUGGGGCCAGAAGACAAGGUAUUUUCACAGAACUUACCCCACUCCUUUUAGGAUGAUAUCACCUUGGGGUAGACCUCAGCACUAAAGCCUCACAAUGACAGAACCCGAGACACUGGCUCUGCUGGAAAUGAAGGCACCUGAGGCUCCAGAGAAGAGCUUACCGCAGGCUUUAGUCCCCACUGACCGGCAGCUAGAGGGAGAAGAUGGGACUGAGUCCCCUGGAGCUGAGUCUCUCAGACUGGGGUCUUCAGUUGGUUCUCCUACAGCCAGAGAGGGGCCCGAGGAUGGUCCAGACAGCACUAUCAGUGAGGCUGCGACUUUGCCUUGGGGAACCGACCCCCAGUACAGCGUCCCACUUCCGGAUCCCCCAGGCUGGCGAGAUAUUGAACCAGAGCCCUUAGAGUUGGAACCACUCACUAAGUCGGAGGAACCGCUCACUAAGUCGGAGGAACCACUCAAGGAUGAUGCCAGCUUGCUCCUUGAGAAGUCAGUUAGGGCCUUCGUGCCCAUUGAUUUACAGUGCAUUGAGCGGAGGCCGCAGGAGGAGAGCAUUGUGCAUCGGAAGGCCGGACAGGCUGAGCGCAGGAAUUUCCUGCCAACCCGACUCAGCCACCAUGAGCUUCCAGAGCGCAAGUGGGCUGAGGCAGUUGUCAGACCCCCUGGCCGGUCUUGUGGGGGCUGUGGGAGCUGUGGAGGCCGCGAGGCGCUGAGGGCUGUAGCCUCAGUGGUGGCUGCUCUCAUCUUCUUCCCCUGCCUGCUGUAUGGAGCUUACGCCUUCCUGCCCUUCGACGCUCCGAGGCUGCCCACCAUGAGUUCCCGCUUGAUCUACACCCUACGCUGUGGGGUCUUUGCCACCUUCCCUAUUGUACUAGGGCUUCUUGUGUACGGCCUGAGCCUGCUGUGCUUCUCCGCCCUCCGGCCCUUCGGAGAGCCGAGGCGGGAGGUAGAGAUCCACCGGCAGUACGUGGCCCAGUCCGUGCAACUCUUCAUCCUCUACUUCUUUAAUCUGGCCGUCCUUUCCACCUAUCUGCCCCAGGACACCCUCAAGCUGCUGCCUCUGCUCACUGGUUUGUUUGCAGUAUCUCGGCUGAUUUACUGGCUGACCUUUGCUGUCGGCCGCUCCUUCCGAGGCUUUGGCUACGGGCUGACUUUCCUGCCGCUGUUGGCCAUGCUGAUGUGGAACCUCUACUACAUGUUCAUGGUGGAGCCGGAGCGCAUGCUCACCGCCUCCGAGAGCCGCUUGGACUAUCCGGACCACGUUCGAUCCCUCUCCGACUACAGGCCACGCUCAUGGGGCUGAGCUGCCAUGGGGCUGUGCAGGGGACUUUUCAGCACUUCUCUGAAACAGUUGCAGGCCUGGCCUUUGCCCAGGUCAUAGACCUUAGAUGGGGGGUACCUUGCUACUUAGGGGCCCCAUCCAAAGGAGCCCAGAAACCCCAGUUCUUUUCUAGUUGUGCUGUACCCCUGGAGUGCAAAAGCCUAAUGCAGAGACUGGAGAAGAAUACUUCCUUUUGGUGCAGCCUCCCACCGUGCCAAACUAAGGCUAAGGUCCCGGCUUCCUAUGAACCAGAGGUGUAGAACCAACUACAGGCCAACCUGAACUGUCUGCCUAAGCCCAAGGGUAGAGGUUGCUAUCUCAUCAGAUAAGGACUUUGACAUCUUUGACAUAAGGUGAAAGCCUUUCUAAGGGUCUUCAAGACUCUCGCCUCAAUCAAGCUGUGACCUUCCUCUCCCAGCCUACAUGGGUUCCUAUAAUCUUCCUUCCACUUUUCAAACUUCCAAGAAGUACUAAGGUUUAAAAAAAAGGUGUGUGUGUGUGGGUUAGGGGGGCCUUGGGGGUGGCAGAGAGAUGAAACCUCAAAAGGACUCUGUAUGGAUUCCCAGGUAGUGGCUGGGAUGGCAACGACUGCUUGCCCAGCAUGUAUGUGCGAGUAUGUAAUAAAUCCUGGCCUGCCUCCCA